AUGUCCCCAAACCCACGAAUCAUCCCCACCACCGAAUCAACCACCCUCCCCCGCACUCAUCAACACCAACCAAACGACGCAGACGCAGACGCACCACUGCACACACAAAGCAGUCCCGAAAGAGAGCAAGAAGAUCCCAGCAGUCGCAUCCUAGGCAGGAGUAUCAAGCCGCCCGUGGUACGGCAUUAUAGUUGGAGUGAGGAGGAUCGGAAGCAUGCGUUGCAGGCGCGGUUGUUGGAGACGGAGGGGAGGGAGAUGGGAUUUUCGGAGGUGAGAGGACAUGAUGGGGGUGUGAUGGGGGAUGAGUAG